UUAUUGUUAUUUCUCUAUUAUACUGUACGUCGACUCGAGUCCUCUUUAACGUUCACAUUUCUUCCCACACGGCGCGGCCCAUCCAUCUCGCUCCGAUCCCCCGCCGCAGCGAGCAAACUUUACUAGCUCCACCCACACGCCCCACGCCGCCCGCGCCUCGGGGAACCCCACCUCCGCUCGCCGGACCUCGCGGCGAGCAUUUCGAGCUCCGGGUCGCCGGAAACAGCGCCGGAUCCGGCGAGUUCCGGGGCCGGGCUAGCUCGGCGGAACGCCGGAGCCGCGAGCUGCAUCUGCGGUUGCCUUAGAUCCGUGGCUGGUCACUGGAAAUUUCUGGGAACAACACUUCUCGGUUGGAGUCGAUUCCGCGGGUUGGUGGGGAGGUUGGUGUGCGGUGAGGCUGGUGGGCGGGCGUUGUACAUGAGCGCCAGAAGCCUCCGCCACCGCUGCGUCGUCGUUGGAGGGCUUUCGCUGCGCGAUGAUCGAGCAGUUUGUUAAUUUUGUUAUCCGGCCGCCGCGUGCAGAGUACAAUCCAGAUCAGUAUUUAUGGGAACCAGAGUUUACUCUUGCUGGAAGAAAGUACAAACGACUAGACUUGGAGCUCUCUAACGAAAGAAACCAGACCUUAAAAUGCAGCCACUAUGUUCCUUCUGUCAUUCCAGAGAACACCGCCCUUCCAUGUGUGAUCUACUGCCAUGGAAAUAGUGGGUGCAGAGCAGAUGCAAAUGAAGCUGCUGUCAUACUUCUCCCUUCAAAUAUCACAGUUUUUGCACUUGACUUUGCUGGAUCAGGGCUAUCAGGGGGAGAGUAUGUCAGCCUUGGUUGGCACGAGAAACAGGAUCUCAAAUGUGUGGUAUCCUUUUUGCGAAAUAAUAAGGAAGUUUCUUGUAUAGGCCUUUGGGGGCGGUCGAUGGGUGCUGUUACAAGCCUACUCUAUGGAGCAGAAGAUCCCUCGAUUGCUGGAAUGGUUUUGGACAGUGCUUUCUCUAACUUAUAUGACUUAAUGCUGGAGCUUGUAGAUGUUUACAAAAUCCGAGUUCCUAAGUUCACGGUUAAGAUGGCUGUACAGUACAUGCGCCGUGUCAUUCAAAGAAGAGCUAAGUUUGACAUAAUGGAUCUCAACGUUGUUCAGUUUGCCCCCAAGACGUUUAUUCCAGCAUUAUUUGGACAUGCAUCGAAUGACAUGUUUAUCCAGUCCCAUCACUCUGAUCGUAUUCACCAGACAUAUGCGGGAGAUAAAAAUUUAAUCAAAUUUGAUGGCGAUCAUAACUCCCCAAGGCCCCAAUUUUAUUACGAUUCUGUUUCAAUAUUCUUUUAUAAUGUUCUGCAUCCACCUCAAUUUCCAUCUGUAUGCUCAAAUAAGUUAGAGAAGUACUACAACCUUGGUGCUGGAACCAAUGAGAGCUUAUUAUAUGAAAUCAUCAAUGGUCUAAGGGCUGCUGGUACUGAUGCAGGAAGUUCAUCAGCAGCUGCAACUAGUUUAACAAAUGCUACAAAAUCAGUAGUCGAAUUGCUGACAGAGAGAGUCAAUCAGUUGUCUGUUAAAAAUGAUAAUGACUUGGAUUUCCUUUUGGACGAAAAUCAUAACCUCACUGAGAUGGACAGUAACACUGCAGAGUCUCAUACACAGGAUAAAACGAACAGGCAAAAUGAGGAGUGUUGCUCAUACACAAGUUCAACUCGAGAGAGCUGGGGAAGAUGUUCUUCCUUGGGGGCAGCUAGUGAUAGAUCAUCCUCCGGCGAGCGCCCUGGGAUUUCUAAUAAUAAGCAUAAGAGCAUGACACUAAGAGCUCUGGCAACACCACUGAGACGGAUACGAAGGAAACCUCUCACUAUACCGAAGGAGAGGAAGAAUAGGUCUCUAUGGAAGAGGCUCAACCAGGAGAGGCAUGAUAUGGGGGAGAGCUUAACCCAGCGUUUCAGGCUAUGUAUCCAAGGCCAGGCUAAGCACAAGAGAACAAAGUCAUCUUGACAACUGUGAAUACUGAUUUUAACCCAGACAAAACUGCUACGAACAACCACGGUUCACCGACAAAAAUGGACAUUUGAUUCUGACUCGGCGCCAAUCCUGUUGUAUACUUACUACUGGAUCUGGCAAGCAAGAUAUGUACUCCGUAGCUGUCUUCUCUGUUCAUCAUAAUCUCCAUGUUUUAUCUUGUAGAUCACAAGAUUGUAGAAUUGUAGUGUGUGACCCCUGGUUUGGGUAGGGAAAACGUGCAUUAUUGUCGAGGUCUCAGUAGGCUUUGGAGUUCAAAUUGUAGCGAUGUAACACCUCAUAUGUUUAUUGUUUGGGGUGGGGACCUUAUGUUGUGGUAUCUGCUUAAGGGAAGUGGUUUGCUCAUGAA